AUGGCUACCCGUCUUCAGUUUGAGAACCACUCCGACAUCGGCGUAUUCGCCAAAUUGACAAACAGCUACUGCCUGGCUGCAAUCCAGGGCAGCACCAACUUUUACUCUGCGUUCGAGAGUGAGCUCGGGGAUGUCAUUCCCAUCGUACACACCAGCAUUGGCGGAACACGGAUUAUCGGUCGUCUCACCGCAGGAAACAGACAUGGCCUCCUUGUACCCUCAUCAACGACCGACCAAGAGCUACAACAUUUGCGCAACUCACUCCCAGACGCUGUCGCCAUCCAGCGCGUCGAGGAACGGCUUUCCGCGCUCGGAAACGUCAUCGCCUGCAAUGACUAUGUAGCGCUCGUACACCCCGACGUCGACCGUGAGACGGAGGAGAUCAUCGCGGACGUGCUCAAAGUCGAGGUGUUCCGUCAAACGAUCGCGGACAACGUGCUUGUGGGGAGCUACUGCGCGAUUACGAAUCAGGGCGGCCUUGUGCACCCUCUGACGAGUAUACAGGACCAGGAUGAGCUGAGCAGCUUGUUGCAGAUACCUCUGGUGGCUGGAACUGUGAAUCGCGGUUCAGAUGUCAUUGGUGCAGGUCUGAUAGUCAACGAUUGGUGUGCGUUCACUGGUCUAGAGACAACAGCAACAGAGAUAAGCGUGAUCGAAGCCGCUUUCAAACUCCAAGGCCAGGACUCUACCGCCGUCAUCGGCGAGAUGCGCGACUCCCUCAUCGACAACUGGGCAUAA